AAUAAUCACUGCUAACAAGGAUUCGAUAAUUGACAAUCAAGACAGUCGUAUUUUCGGAUCAUACAGUUACUCACUACCAACAGCAACUUUCAACCCUCCACUGCCCACGUAUGCAGAUAGUCUCGUAUAUAAUAGUAAAGUUGAUUUAGAUAAAAGAUCCUUGCACAUUCAUAAUUUGUUGAGAACUGUUACAGAAACAGAUUUACACCUCUUAUUUCCAGUUGCGUCGUCAAUACAGUUGCAUAGUAAAAACGAUUUCCAUACAAAGUAAUUUGUGUGAAUGAUUGUCUUCCUGGUCAUCUAAGUGUUUUUGUCCUUGUUCAGGUGUGCCAUCGUCAAAUUUAAAAAUAAAUUGGAUGCAAUAACUUAUUCUCAAGUGCAUUUCGAUCCAGUAAUAUUUGGUUGCGAAGUGCAAACCAGGUAUUCAGUUGUUGCAGAUACUACAUCACAAGAUGCUGAUGAUUCACACUAUGGUAAUCAGGAAGAGCGGUCAGACAAUUGUAGUUGCUUCCUGGUAAAGUAUGGCCCAGCAACAAUUAAACCCAGAAAAUAUCCAGCAUUGACGCUUGCAACUGGUCGACGAUCGAAAUAUGACAUAUUAUCGACACCGGAAGCUUGUCGUCGUGACAUUCGUCGUGUACGAAACCGUGCAGCACAACGACGAGCAACAGAAAGGCGUGAUGAAAUUCAUGCUAAUUUGAGUGAACAGGUGAAAUUGCUGGAAAUUGAACGUUAUUACUUGGAGAAUGAUAUUCAGCACCUGAACAGGAGAAAAUUGUUGUUAGAAACGUUGAUAUUAAAGUAUAAAGAAGAAUGUGGUGCUUGA